AUGGAGCCUAGUAUUACCCCAUUCGAAAUACCCAGCGAGCGAGCAAAUCCCCCCUCCGCCGUAAAGGAGCUCGCCGUUGGUGCGGCAGGGGGUAUAACGCAAGUCCUCAUUGGACAACCCUUCGACAUUGUCAAGGUUCGCAUGCAGACACAGGCGAACCAGAAUGCCAUCCAGGUUGCUCAAAAUAUCCUGAGACGUGAAGGGGCGUUGGCUUUUUACAAGAUAAGCACCGUCUAUACAACCUUCCACACCCUCUCCGAGACCUUAAAAUCCCAUACAAACUCUCCCACCCUCACAGCACCCCAAACAUACCUCAUCGGCGGCCUCGCCGGCCUCGCAACCAGCCUCAUCUCCGGUCCAACUGAGCACAUCCGGAUCCGCUUACAGACACUCCCACAGACUCCGAGCCAGGAACAGACGCCGAAGCAGAAGCAGAGACCAGGCGUCGUCGCCUGCAUCCGCAUGAUAACGGGUAAUGGAGGUGUCCGGGCUCUCUACCGCGGCCAGGCGCCGACUAUGUUGAGGGAGUUUGGGAGUUAUGGCGUUUGGUUUUCGGUUUAUGAGGCGCUGCUUUCGAGGAUUGCAAGGCCAGACACCCGGACCGGCGCCGAGGCGAACAAAAAGGGACAGAUCCCGACGUACAAGAUUGCGACCUGCGGUGUUCUCACGGGUCUGGUCCUCUGGACCGUGAAUUACCCGUUCGAUGUGGUGAAGAGUAAGAUGCAGGCGGAUGGAUUCGGGCAGCACCAGAAAUAUCCACGGAUGAGGAAUGUUGUCGGGGAGACAUGGAGGGAGAGUGGGUGGAGGGGAUUCUGGAGAGGAUUGGGGCCGACACUUACGCGUGCUGUGCCCGUUUCGGCGGGGACGUUUGUUGUGUAG